AUGUCCAAACCCAUCCCGAGCACAUGUCUGCCACAAAAGACAGUGCCGGCGCUCUCUCAAAGGCAGAAACAUAUACAUACACUACACACAUACAUACACAUUCACCCAUCUGCCCUGCCCUACCCUCCCCGACAAUGCACCACCCCUCUGCUCGCUCCACGUCCUAGCCCUCCGCCCCAGGACCAGCCCAGGCUUCUCACGCCGCUCCCGCCCCGCCGACGUCGCUCCAUCUCCUACACUGUAGUAGUUGGGCACACGUUCAAUGACGGCGCGAACCAUCAGCCACCUCAUUCUCCUCACAGCCGUUACCGGCAAUCUGGGCCCUUGAGCACCCGCUGUCUUGUCCCUUUCCAUCCCUCCAUCCCUACCUCCCUCCCUCCGCUGCAUUACCCAAAUAUAUUUGCUGUUCUUGGCAUAGCCCAAUAUCCAAAGUGA